AUGGAGUGGCAGAAUCAGGCGCUGGAAGCUACGACGGACAUCCAAUCCGAGGAAAGGGAAGGUCAGGAACCCGUCGACGCCAGCAGUGGAGCGGCCCGACGCCAGAAAGUCGAGGCGAGUCAGCAUCAAGAUAUUCCUGACUGCCCACCCUCCGACAAGUCGCCGCCGGACAAGUCGCCGUCGGACAGGUCGCCGUCGGAGAUGCGACCGUUGGAUCUAGCGCCUGUCGUGAGCGAAGAGUCGGAUCUAUCGUCUAUCGUAGACGAAGACUCUAUAUCGCAUGCCGCAACGGUCAAGGAGGCGCUAGAAGAUCGCGAUCAAGUGAUACUGGAUAUAUGGGCGAAGGAUCCACUGGUGGAGAAAACCACGGACAUGGAAGGACUGCGAGAAGAAGAUAGCCGAGGUGAAAUUAAGGACGUCAGCCUAGAUCAACUACAUCCGAUGGCGCAAGAUCAAGGAACACAGCCGUCGGAACGCGGUGGGAAAACGGACAUGGAUCCACCACCUGUUGUGGGAGAUCAACCAGACACAUCGGAUCUGGAUCUUACCUGGGACUCAGAUCAAGAUUACGAUGAAUGCGUGUAUUACCAUGAAGGAAGCGAUCUAUAUGCCGAAGAUGUCGAUGGUCAGAUGGCGGUAUUGCCCGAAGUACCUUUGGCGACGGAAGAUGUGAAGAUCGAAGACAUUCAACUAUGCGGAUGGGACAAUCAAACUCCAGAGGAAGUCGAGCGACUCCGCCAAAAGAUGUGGAAGUUCCGACACCUCUUGAUCGGGAAAGGAAAUGCCCUUCCGCCGGCAGCUAGAGGUGUGGUGUGCGAUAUUGAUGUCGGGGGAGCGAGGUCCAUCGCCCUUAAGUGCCGUAAGUUGUGGAUCCAGUUCAGGGUGAAGCUAGCAGAUCUGAUCAAGGCUCUAUUGUCCGCCAAGAUGAUCAACUAUUCCAGAUCACCAUGGGCUUCCCCCAUCGUGGUGAUCAUUAAGAAGAAUGGGGUGGACAUCAGGCUAUGUAUCGAUUACCGGUUGGUUAAUAGCCUGACACAACUGAUGGUACACCCAAUGCCCUUGAUCAACGAUCUACUCGAAGAUCUGGAGUCGACACUUUGGUACUGUUCUUUGGAUAUGGCAAGCGGAUUUUGGGUAGUGAAAAGGACAGAUCGUGCUCGCUUGAUCUCGGCUAUUAUCACUCCUUUUGGACUAUUUGAGUGGAACCGAAUGCCUUUUGGCCUGAAGAAUGCGCCCCAGAUCUAUCAACGUAUGAUCGAUAAUGCGUUGUAUGGGUUCACUCGGAUCUCGAAGUCCGAAGAUCACGGAAGUACUACGGAUGUAUUUGAGAACGGAGGGCCGGUGGAUCCAGGCAAGCUAUAUAUGAUCUGCGACCGAGCUUCGGUGCUCGGUCGCAGAUCAUAUAUCGAUGACAUCCUGAUCCCCGCUAAUAGUUGGGAUCAACUAUGUUACCGAGUGGAGGGGUUGCUCGAAGCGUGUGACAAAUGGAACCUGUCGAUCAGCGUGGUUAAACGCUUCUGGGAGAUGCCCAAGGUGGAAUACCUUGGACAUAAAGUCUCGCACAAUGGGCUGGAGGCGAAUCCAAAAGAUCUGUCUGCAUUAACUGAUCUAGCCUUCCCAGGAUCACUCAGAGCUAUGCAAUCAUUUCUGGGCAGUCUGAACUACUAUAGCCGAUUUAUCGAAGACUACACGAUCUACACGUCGGUUCUGUACGAAUUGCGAGAAAUCGACUUUGCUGCGAUGGCGAAAGAGACCACUCAAGGGCGGAUCCAACAAAUACUGGAAGCAGAAGACGUGGAUCCAAGAUCACAGGAAGAUCGAGAGGUCGACCACCGAAGGACCCUGGAUCUGGAGGCGCCUGAUCCCACGGAGGCCACGGUGGUGGUGUACGCUAGUGAUUGGACCAUCUCGGGAGCGUUGAUGCAGGAAUACGACCAGAUCUACUAUCCUGUGACUUUUGCCAGCCGUACUCUGAAGCUGAACGAACUCAAUUACGGCAUCGCGGAGAAGGAGGUACUAGCCCUUCUGAGGAUCCUAGAUCUCAAUUACAAUACGUUGGUCGAACCUCUGCUGCCGCCUUGGAUACUUGAGAUCAACAAGUGUGUCAAAGGAGAGGACGAGAUCUUGGGAGCAUUGACAGCCAGUAUCACUCCUAGAUCAGAAGUGGAUAAGGUGUUGAUCUCAAUCGCGCCCAAAAAGGAGCUAAGACAGCUGAGGAUCGAACGGGUCCGGCAAGCACAGGAUGAAGAGUCGUGGAUCCUAGGCUUGACGAAGUAUUUGGUUGGGGAGAUCCGGGAUCUGACACAAGAGGAUGCUAAGAUGUUUGGAUCUAUUGCCAUGAAUUAUGAAGUGGAUCAGUCGGAUCUGCUCUUCUACUGCCCGACUACUAAGGAAGCAGCUGCAGAUCGAGACAAGUUGAUGCGACUAGUCAUACCUGAGACGCUUCAACAAGAUAUUCUGCACCAUUACCAUACCAGUCUACAGGGCGGUCACCAAGGGGUUGGCCGCACCUAUGACCGGAUCCGCAAGGGAAAACCUCGGAUCCAGGGCGAGUCGCCUGGUAACCUUCAGGAAACGUACCCAUUUCAGAUCAUCGCCAUGGAUCAUAUACCCUGGCUGCCUAGAUCCUUCAACGGCAAUACCGAAUUGCUGAUCUUUGUGGAUCUAUUCUCGGGAUAUGUGAUCGCCAAGGCUAGUGCCUCCAGAUCCGCUCAAACAAUUGCCGAGACCUAUGAAGAAUGUGUCUUUCGUCGAUUUGUCUCACGAGGAGCCGUGAGCUGGGAAUCCACACUGGUGAGUUUGGUCAUUAGUGUGGCUGAAAGUGAAUGGAUCUGCAAGGAGGGGAUCGAAGUGGAGCGAGAAGGAUUCUGA